UUCAAACCACCACGGUCUCUCGAGCGGCCGCACUGAGCGGAUCAGCCCAAGUCGGCUACGACAGUUCGGGAAACAAGGCGAACCCGCCUCGCGUCGGAAUGCUGUUAAGCUGCUUCUUCCACAGUCCACGGGAUCUUUAUAGCGAAUAAACGACAGUGUUCAGUGACCGGACUAACUGACUAACUUAAUGGAAUCCAAACGACAGAACGUGGCCGUGGAGCGGCUGGUCAGCGAGCUGGGCCUCCUGCUGAAGAUGCUGGACACGGAGAAGGUCAGCCCCGCCACCGCCGACAAGAUGGUCUCGGUGAGGAGCAUUCUGGAGACGGUGCAGCCCACAGGGAAUGGGUCAGACCUCUACAUGAACAGCUGUCUCUAUGGCAACGGCACAAGCUUUGUCGAGUCCCUCUUUGAUGAUUUUGACUGUGAUUUGCACAUGCUCAGUGCGUCUCCUGUGGAGCAGAAAGAAGAGGAGAAAACUAUCCUCAUCAAAUCGAUACCCACGUCCACGCCCCCUCCACGGCUGACCACGCCCCCUCCACGGCUGACCACGCCCCCUCCACGGCUGGUCACGCCCCCUCCACGGCUGACCACACUACCUCCUCGGCCGGCCACGCCAGUUGCUGAUGACUACUAUGAAGAAGCUGUUCCCCCUGAACAGUACCUAGGCCCAGGGACACACAGCUCUGGUUACUGUGUGGAGGACGCGUACUAUGAGGACGCUGACGAUAACUACCCCAGCACCAGGCUCAACGGGCCCCCCAAGAACUCCUACAACGACUCUGACGCGGUCAGCAGCUCGUACGAGUCCUACGAGGAAGAGGACGAGGAGGCAAAGGGGCGGGACCAGGCCGGGACGUGGGCCGCCGAGGACCCCUCCAACGGGUCGGUCCGGGACUGCCGCAUCUGCGCCUUCUUGUUACGCAAGAAGCGCUUCGGCCAGUGGACCAAGCAGCUGGCCGUCGUCAGGGACAACAAGCUGCAGUGUUACAAGAGCAUCAAGGACAGCACCCCGAACACGGAGCUCCCGCUGAACCUCUGCAACGUCAUCUACGUCCCCAAGGAGGGCCGCAAGAAGAGGCACGAGCUGCGCUUCUCCCUGCCUGGCGGCGAGGCCCUCGUGCUGGCCGUGCAGAGCAAGGAGCAGGCCCAGCGCUGGCUCAAGGUGGUCCAGGACGCCAGCAGCGUGAACAGCAACACAGAGUCCCAUGAAGGAGCCCCGUCCCCCAUCAUCCAGAGGAAGAUGGAGCUCGAUAAGAUGCGAGUGACGGACAAAGGGGCCUCCGACUCGGAUAGCGGGCCCCCAGGGGACCCCCUGGCCCCCGGGAGGGACGGCGACACGCUAAGCCGGGGAAAACGGGGACCACUGUCUGAGCUCACGGGAUCCAUGAAGAAAAUCAACCGCAUCAUCAGCUUCUCCAAACGGAAGCCCCCCUUGCCAGGAGACCCACCCUCCUCGUCUGAUAACCAAGACAACACUUGCACCGGCUACCUGAGCGUGUGUGUGGGCGGAGCCUGGAAGGAGCGCUGGUGUGUUCUGCGUGGGGGGACCCUGUACCUGCAACGGGACCCGGGGGACACCCGCCCCCCCGUCAUCGCGGUGCCUCUUGUGGGGGCCGAGGUGGUCCCCGGGGGCCUGGGGCCCAAGCACCCCUUCUCCUUCCGUGUGCUGCAGGCCGGCAAGGAGCUGCUGGCACUGGAGGCUAGCUGCUGGGAGGAUCUGGGGCGCUGGCUGGGUGUAUUGCUGGCGAAGACGGGCUGCAGCACUCUGCCAGAGGAGCUGCACUACGACUACAUAGACGUGGAGACGCUCAGCGACAUCCAACACGCUGCCAGGAACUCCUUCCAGUGGGCUAAAACAGGCACAAUUUCCUCUAGCAGCAAUUCAGUCGACUCCAGAAUGUAUGACGAGGUCUACGAAAGUAUUCUGGAUGGGGCAGUGGAGGCCAAACCAGGCCAGGUGAGACGCCACGCCUCCUUCUCCAGCAGAGGCUCUGAUAGGACGGAACAGCAGGCGGCCGUGAAGAGACACGCCUCCAACGUGAACCAGUACGGUCGUUACGGGAAGACACGGGCGGAGGAGGACGCCAGGCGGUACCUGAGGCAGAAGGAGGAGCUGGAGGAGGAGAAGGAGCAGCUGAAGCACACCCUGCUGUCCGUCCGCCAGGAGAGGAGGGAGGUGAAGGAGCAGCUGAGGAGCGGAGCAAACCUCCGGGGGGAGCAGCGCCUGGCCCAGCUGGAGGUGGUCUGUAAAGAGAGAGAAGAAGAGAGGGUGGAGCUAGAGCUCAGACUGACGGAGGUGAAGGAGAACCUAAAGAAGUCAUUGGCUGGCGGGGCACUAGGCCCGCCCACUGACAGCAGGAACAGCAUCAAGGCCCAGGGCAGGAAGGUAGAGAAGGUCUACACUGAGAGCGUUCCCGUCAACUCAGCCUCCGAGCUCCGCAAGCGGCCCCCGUCCUGCUAUGCCACGUCCGGCCGCGGCACCGUCAUGCAGAAGGCCAAGGCGUGGGAGUCCAAGCAAGUGGUCUGAGCUGGCCGACAGACAGACGGACAGGUCGGGUGGAACAUGGGACGGAUGGACGGAAGGACUUUAACAAGCACAGCACAGAGUCGCAGCUGAUUGGUGGCCUCAUGAGCUAGACAGGAGUGCGAUGAGGCCGGAAGCUUCAGGAAUCAGAGGAGGAGGAG